AUGUCUCCAUUCUCACUCUCACGAAAGGUACUCGCCGCCACAGUCCUAUCACUCUGCCUGUUGAGUUGCGAGGGACUUGCCUGCUCAACCACUACAUUCCCUCAAACCUACGAACCUUACCCAGAUUGCGCGACGCCAUGUCUUGCCUGCCCGGACGCCGAGUACAUGCAAAACUUUGCCAGCAAUUGCGACUAUGCCAGCGGUGACUGCUGCUCCAGCAAAUACCACACCGUGAUCAACGAGACCUGGGCUUGCGUAAGCGACAACUGCGGCGGCGAUGGAGACCUCGCGCAGAGUGCGUUUGACAUCUUCGUGCCGCACUGCAAGAACCACAACGCGACCUUGGCGGCCGCGGAUGUCCCGACGGGGUAUACUAUACUCAAGGACAACGGGGUUGCAAAUGGCAACAACGAAGGGUGCGUUGCUUGGAGCUGUUUCUGCAUGAAAGCCGGUGCUGAAGAAAUGCGCCUUGUCCAACCGCGCUCGAAUGGCGGAUCGCCAUCCCUGAGUGGUGCUGAAAUCGCCGGGCUUGUCGUCGCCGUCGUCGGCACCGUCGCGACAAUCUUCGGGUCGUACUACGGGUGGCGGGUUUGGAAACGGGAGCAUCGUAGGCCGAGCCUUUGCAGGUUUAUGUGUGAGGUGUGA